GACGUCACCAAAGGUCCUCUAGCAAUCUAAGCUCUAACCUCUACUGCCUACUGGAAGUGCGCAUGUGCAGUAAAACCUCCGCGAGGACAGAUGACAGGAUUCGUGAGUGAAAAAUGCUGUUCAGUCCGUUAUCGGUGAAGAGGAUUUGUGUAGCAGUUUUCUGUCGCAGAACUGCGGUAAGAUUUGGAAGUUUGGCAAGAGAAGGGCUCGUUCUGCAGUCGUCAUCCAGCAAUGUGUAUGAGAACCUGGCAGUAGAAGACUGGAUUCAUGACCACAUGGACUUAGAGCAGAAAAAUGUUCUGUUUCUGUGGAGGAAUUCUCCAGCUGUGGUGAUCGGCCGACAUCAGAAUCCCUGGAAAGAAUGCAACCUCCAUGUGAUGAGAGAGAAGGGGAUUGGCCUGGCCAGGAGAAGAAGUGGCGGCGGCACUGUGUUUCAUGAUCUGGGAAAUAUCAACUUGACUUUUUUCACAUCUAAGAGAAAAUAUGAUAGAAUGGAAAAUUUACAGUUGGUUAUUAGAGCUCUUAAAUCAUUGCAACCCUCUUUAGAUGUGCACGCCACACAGAGAUAUGAUCUCCUGUUAGAUGGAAAGUACAAGAUUUCAGGGACCGCAGCCAAGCUUGGGAGGACUGUUGCAUACCACCAUUGUACGUUGUUGUGUAGUGCCGAUACCUCGCUCUUGCCUUUGGUUCUACAAAGUCCUUAUGAUGGCAUACUAAGCAAUGCCACGCCUAGUGUACCAUCACUGGUUAAAAACCUCUGCCAAGCUCAUUCAUCAUUAACAUGUGAAGCUGUUAUGGAUGCCGUUGCCAAAGAAUACAGUUUUCUGUAUAAGGAUAAACCCGGCGUUCAUGUAGUUGAUCCAAGUGACGAGACCCUGUUUCCGGGGAUAACAAAGAAAAAAAAGGAGUUGUGCACUUGGGACUGGAUUUAUGGAAAAACCCCAAAAUUUGAUGUGCAGAAGUCCUUUCAGAUUUUGCAUAAGGAUAUUGUGGUGGAUGUUAGUUUAAAUAUGUGUAUAAAAAAUGGCUAUAUAGAGAGCUGCUCUAUGGCAGUGCCCAGUCACUGGCUGUCCGAGUGGCAGUGCCGUGAGCUGCAGGAUACUUUGCUAGGCAGCAGAUUUUGUCCAAGUGAAAUCGUUUUCUUAGUAACUACUUUACUGAGGACCUACCCCGACGAUGAUGAAGUUCACACCAAGUGGAACAUGUUAUGUGAGAAGUUGGUGUCGAUAAUGUGAUGUGAUCAGUUUUAUCAUACCACAGUGUUUGUGUAGUAACUUUUUCAGAUUUUUUUAUACAAUUUAUCUCAUUACUGUUACCAAUGUAUGCAAUACACAAAAACAUAGAAGUGAUAUUAAAAUAGUUUUUGUGG